GGAUCUGGAGGAGCGGAAAGUUUUGUCGCGGUUGUACGACGGGCUAGCGGAAUAUGAAAGUGCACAACUCCCCCUCUCCCUCAUUUGUAUUGCAUGAACAGCAAUACAAGGGUCAGCAAGAAUACAGGCUUAACAAAUUUGGACAGGAGUGUAGGGCUAUUUGGGCUUCCAGAGCUUGUCAUGCAAACAGUGCCAAAAGCCAAGGCGUAAAUUAGGUAUUUUGCAUGACAAACGACGGGGAGGGGAGUUGUGCAGUUUUAUACGGAAGCGAUCGUGAAUGCGGAUAGGAAAACUCCGGGCAUUUUUGCGACAAAUAAGCAACAGCAAAAUGAGUAUGCGACCUCCACUGCUCUCGAUCUUUCGUCGGCUCCUUGCAAGAGAAAAGAAGUAGGCAAGAGAACAACUUCUGGGACCAGAACAGCAGGAGUUCCUGCCCCGAGGAUGAAAUCUUCCGAAAACAGAAACGCGGGGGUCGACGACCGUGGUGCCCACAGCGAGAGUAGUGACUUCGGGGUGGAUCACGUUGACACAAUCGACGAAGAAAGCUGCGAAGGUCUUGCAAGCGGUUGUUCGCACGAGGAUGGCAACGCAGGUGAGGAGCAAGACAGAUCACACGAUCCGGACAUGAUCUUCAGAGAUGAAGUAAAAAAAGGGCAGGACGUGCUGAACUCGUGGCUCGGGGACUUCGCGCUGCCCAUCGACUAUUACAAUGAAAAAUGCCCCCACCCCAGAACUUGGCGCAUUUGUGUUGCAAACCUUUCCAAUGGAAACACUCCCUGUGUUGCAUGUAUCAGCAUCACAAAUUUUCCAUGCUGAAUACUAGCUCAAAUUUGUGUUGCACAGGAGCCCAGCAGCAGCCAGAUCUGUUAUGCAAAAGCUACCGUGCGUGCCUAGAUUCCACAUCACAAAGGCUCCUAGUCCUUUCAUGCAAGACAAAAAGCUUUCAUUUGGAAACUUUGCAUAAGAAACUUUUUCAAAUUCCGGGGGGGCAUUUUUCAUUGUAAUAUCGACCCGCGGGCAUUCGACCAGUGCCUAAAGGAGAAUUUUGCGGCGCAAGUCCAUCAUCAGCGCCGCGGCGCGGUGGCCAGCACUUCGGAUCGUCCCGGGGCGGAGAACGCGAGGUGUUUAUUUUCUGGCGCGAAUCAGUACAGCCACCCGUCCAGGAAUUUGCUGCUGCUGCCCAACGUCGUGCGCAUUCUGGGGCGCAACGAGCGGAAAGAAGUAGAAGUGGCUGCUGGAGCAUCAAGACCUUCUUCGGCACAACGACAGGGCGGCGCAAAGCAGGAAGUUGUAGAUGAAUCUGCCAAUAACUACAACUUCGGCAACAUCACGAGCCGUAAAACGUCGGCUUUCCCCCUGUUGCAGGAGAAGCGACAGAAGCUGCGAGACGCCUUCCUUGCCUGCGGCGGCGCGCAGCAGCGGGGAGCGGCGGUGAUGCCGGCGGCAAAGCCCGGGGUGGUAAGGAGGAAAGAACCGGGUCUACGGGAAAACAAACUGUACGAAGAGUUGCGAAAAGCCGGGUCGUCGUCGUGUGUAGUGGUGGAAGGCGGAGAUGAUGAGACCACAAAGGCAACAUCAAACAAGGCACGCACUGGUGCACGCGUGCCAAGUACAAGAAACCAAGGAAUAAGGAUGAACAAAGAGAGCCGCAAUUCUGCCUACAACAGCAUCCCGGUCGCCGUGGACUCUGACAUCGUAGGACAGUCGUGGAGCAGUCUGACACGACCGAGGAAGACUACGCACGUAGCCGAGGCCAAGAACAGUACCAGCUCAAAGGUUCUUCUUGGAACGAAGGGCGGGAAAAGCGAGAAGGACGCCGACGCCGUUACAAGCAGCAAUAACGACUUACGCGGCGCGCCGUCGGCGCAAGACGGAUCUGACGGGGCCAAGAAGCGGGAAGUAACCGAAAAGGCAGGUCACGGUGGUUGUUCGCAGGAGUUAGAACAAAGGGCAGUUCGUCCUGCACCAAAUCUGACCUCCGCGCCAAGAACUUCAUCUUCGCGACCUCUUCCUCACACGAUCCACCUGAAUCGCGCAAGACCCUCCUCUGCGCCAUCGACCUGUUGGAUGCUGUGGGAUGAGCACGAACCAGGGCGAAGACUAGGGCGGAAGACCUGUGAGGGUGAAAGUGCAGUAAACGAGGAAAUAGAUGUAGAUGUGGUUGAAACUACUUCUAAAACUUCCGGUGUAAAACUCGCGGAGAGUAGAGACCUGCAGAGCCUGCUGUUCGUGCGUCGGAUUCCCUUGGACGUCGACUCGGGUAAUUGUAGAAGCAGUCAAGAACACCAUCACGCGGCAAGAACAUCUUCUGGCCGACGUUUCCACCGAGAGAGCACCACGGGGAACAACAACAUCUUCAGUAGAAAAGACAAUUCGCGGCCCUCUACCGCACCGAGUGGCGGUGAAAAGCUCUUCUUGCAGGUGGAUUUGUUUUCAUCCACGCUCGGCGGAGGACAAUCGAGUAGUUCCGGCAGGAAUGAUGGUGUUGAAAAAACUUCCGGCUCUUCUUGUGGUGCAACAACGUGUGAUGUUCCGCAUCAUGAUGAUCGGCCAGCUGCACCUCCUCUGGUACGCCUGCUGCCCUACAAAACCUCGGUCCUCCGCGGCUUCUCGCAGUGGAAUGACAAGUUGUGGACGCCUUUUUUCCCCAGCCAGAAAAGCAACCCGCUGCGACGGACGGAGGGGCUAGAAAUUCGUGCGGAGGAGCGGCCCUUCGUCGUGCCGCCAAACUCGCCGCGGGGAGAGGGAGAAGAAGCAUGCUUGGGAGGAGAUGCAACGGCGGGUGGAGCUAGCCCCGGGAACAAGAAGGAGACAGUCGAUGAGCUUGAGCAGCAGGAGAGAAAGCGGUACCCUUUGUCUCCGAUCGUUGUUUUGUGGCAAUGAAGGGGUGACGUGAUCAAGAAAGGAGACAGCACGAGGGGCGUGCGAUACUAGUUUUACUUUAUCUUGUAGUGGGCAAACAAAGUGAAAUUGUACGAUGUGAUGUAAAGAGUAUGUCCUGUACGAAGAAGUUUGUACAUACAGCCGCAUUCUUGAUCAUGAAGCACGGGCUAAAAGUACGAGAAUACUCAAGUAAAAGUAACAUUUACCAUGCGUUGUAAGAUGAAUUUAAGUGAUGCAAUCAGAAUCAGUGCAAUGCGUCGUUCAAGUCCCGAAGAAAGUACGAAUUACCUGCCUCAAGUGAGUGCAAGCAUGCAAGUGAUAUAACCGAGCAAAAUAGAGUGUAGAAUAGGCACCCACAUCGCAGACUGUGUGUCGGAAAAAUGCAAAUCUCGACAGAAUUUCAAAAGCACGACGAUGGGCUGAAAAAUUGUUUUUACUUUUGUUUCGUUUCGGCACCAGAUGCGCGGCUGCGGCUGCUCCGCGCAAUAUUAUCGUAUCGCACAACAUGCAUGCAAUUAUAUCACAGAGGAUGAAGAUCUUUCGCUGUUACAGACU